AUGUGGACCCCCGAGACAUGGCAUGCCUGGGAAGGCAAGUCAACCAACCCCCUCUUCCAGGAGGUUCCUGGAAUGAGUGUGCUGCAGGUUUGUUGCGAUUACAUGCACAGUAAGUACCUGGAACGGACAUGGUGGUCCCUGACUCGGUUGACAAUGUUCGUUCGAAAAAGUGGCGGGCCGAAACUGCGAGGCAAGGCGGCAGAGAUCAGGCAUUUUGCCGAGGUCUUGCUGUCACUGUGGCAAAGCCAUUGCGACAACACACAGCUGGUGCAUCGACAGAUAACAUUGUUGCUCAAGAAGAAUGUCAUGAUGGAACGACUGAUGACAGAACACCACGACAAACUCUUUUUCGAGGACGACGAGGCUCGAGCCUUCGAACAGGCGUGCUCCGACAUGUUGCUGUUGCACGCCGAUCUUGCGAAGUACUAUGCUGGUUUGGGCAAACAAUACUUUUUCCUUGACGAGCAAGACACACAUGUUACAACAUGUUCGCCUACCGUGGGCAGCGGCUCGCCGGGGCGGCAGUCCUUGCAGCGCCUGCAGGCCCUGUGCCUGGAGUGCCACUACGCCAAGACGUUGCUGGAGGGCUCCCACGCCACGAGCCUGGAGAGCCGCUUCUGCCGCCACGUCUUCGAGAGCUACGCCUGCUCCCCGGCUGCCGCCGCUCGUGUGCGGGCUGGCGAAGUGCAAUUCCGAGAAGGACAAGCGUGCGGGCCUCCGCCCUACAUCGGCCUGGGCUGGUACGGCAAGCCGGCGGUGGCCUUCAUGCUCGGCGCACGUCCCACGUGGCGCCGAACGUGCUCAUCGGGUUGUGGGCACGCUCCAGGGACGUCUUCUUCUGGGCGCGGCGCACCGUCCGUGCGGGCCGCUGCGCGCUGGACUGGCUACGCAGCUCGACGUGGGGCUGUGGGCCGACGUCGCGGAGCUCUCCACGAACCGCCAAAUGCGCUUCCUGUUGUCCGGCAGCUGCCCGCCGUGCAGGACGCCUUCGCAGGCGUGCCGGUGCUGCGCUCGCUGAAGGACUCGCAGCUGCUGCACGACCUGGCGGGCGGCUGCGUGCACGAGCUCACGGACAACCAGCGCAGCGACGAGACGAUCUUCCGCUUCCUGCAUUGGCUGCGGGUGGACGAGCCGGAGCAGGGCGCCGCUGCGGGAGGCCGUGGGAUGGCCAUCAAGGACCGGGAGAACCGGCGGCUCGCGCCGGAGGGUGCGCUGCUGGUGGAGCACCGGGCGCAGGGGGCCCGAGGCUCGUGGGCGCGGGCGGCAACGAUGGGAGAGCCGCGGAGCUCUGCCACGCCAUCACGAACGCCUCGUGUGGGGGAGGGUGUGGCCACGAGCGCGGAGCUCCUGAGCGUUAUUUGA